CGGCACCGCGGCCGCCCUGCUGGUCGUGGCUAACAACAGCAUGCGGUCGGUCAACUGCAGGAUAACUCACCUGUUGCCGGUCGGGCAGCUGCGUCGCGUCCGAUCCUCCGGCGACCGCCUUAGCGCCAACCGUGCCGACGACGCCGACGACGAAAACUGUCGGCAACGCGACGUCAUCGCGCAGCUGGCCCGCAGACACUGGCGGAUCACCGGGCUGGUGACGGGCGGCGUGUGCGGCGCUUACGGCGUCGAUCUCAUGGCGGCCGUCCUGCUGGCCGCCGUUCGCGUCACGUACGUGGCCAUAUCGGUGUUCCAUCGGCUGACCGACGAUUCGGACGCGCGGACCAACAUGUCGCCGGCUGUCGUCGUGCAGUUGAUAGCGUGGUUCGGACAGUUUACGUAUUUGGCGUACACGUGCGACGAGCUGGCCGCCCAAUCAAGUGAAAUGUUUGACAAUUUAAAUACACUGUUGUUGGAUAUUUUCAAAGAAAGUCGACUAUCCGGAGAACCAUACAUAAGUAAAAUGCAAGAGAUUGAAGCGAUCAUUGGAGUCACAUUAACAUAUUUUAUUGUUUUAUUGCAAUUUGAAUCAUCACACAGUAGUACCGUAUAUAAUGGUACACACAUGAUUCAAUGA